AUGCUCUACGUUUCCCUGCUUAGCCGCGUACUUGUGUGUUCACUUUUGUACUGCUUGUAUAACGCAAUCAACGCAGACGAAAGUGUGUCAGACAGUAUAGUUACACUCCCUAAAGAAGUGGAGGAUGUUAAAAAGCUUAAGGAACCUCUAUUGACCGGAAAGGUGGCAAUCGUAACUGGUGGAGCGAGUGGAAUAGGGCGGAGUGUCUGCCAGGUGCUGGACCGAGAAGGUGCUCAGGUGAUCAUAGCCGACAUUAAUGACACGGGAUCUCAAGAAACCCUAAAACUUCUAAAAGGAGAGAACCACACCGCCAUUCAUACCGAUAUUUCAGUGAGGGGAAAUGUAACACAUCUUUUUACACAAGUCGUUGAAACAUACGGGAUCAUUGACAUCGUUAUCAACAGCGCUGGAAUUGUCCAUCACCCAUCCCUCGUAACGAACGUAUCUGAAGACGUAUUCGACAAAGUUAUGAGCGUCAAUCUAUAUGGCACUUUCCUCGUCACUCAAACAGCUGUGAGAAUGAUGCUGAAGAAAGAGAACGCCACAGGCCGCACCAUUCUAAACAUUGCCAGCGUAUCUGGCAAGGGCGGUCGUAGGUACUUGAGUGCUUACUCGGCUUCGAAGGGCGCCGUCAUCUCCUUUACCAAAUCUGUGGCGCUGGAAGUUGCACUCAAGGGAUUCGCGUCAACACUAUUCUCCCUGGUUUCACGGACACACCCAUGACACAGGGCACCCCCAACGCAACCAGACAAGCCAUAAUUGCUGAAA